GGCCCACGUGAGCGUGGAUCCGCGGACCCUGAGCAGGAAGGAGACUCCGGCCAUUCUCCUCUCUACUUAGGCCUGAAGCGUCUACGCUCCCCACGCUGGGCAUCAGGACUGGCGCCUCCUACGGUCUCGUGACUUCUGCCUCCAUUGCUUGCGGAGCCUUACCUGACCAUCUUCAACCCGUUUCUUGGAUGAGCUGAGGCCUCAGUUCACACUGAGGGUUUAGCUCAUCUCGCAUUUGCCUGGAGCAGGCUCACUCAUAAGGAGAGGGUGAUGGAAGGGUCCCUGGGGGACGCGGAUGAGUCCCCAGACCCCCAGGGACACGCUACCGACUGGAGGUUUGCUGUGUGCAGUUUUAAAGAUGCCUGGGAUGAAGGGGAACCACCUCUUCAGAUGCAGCUUAAGGACCCCAAUCCUCUAAGCCCGCCAGUAGGGGCAUCCCAGGGGGAAGGGGUACAGGACAGCCAUCUGCCUGGUGAGCUUCAGGCAUUUCCAGGACAGUUGGCUGCAGAUGGGUUGGAGGAAGGCCAGAGGGGCACAUUAGGAGGUUCCUCAGUCCAGUUGGAUGUAGCCCCCUCUGGAGUGGAGAUCCUCCUAUGCCCAAUGUCCUCCCACCUCAGCCUGGCACAGGGUGAGAAUGACAGCCAAGAGGGUGGCUUAGCAGGGGAGUCAGUUUCAGACAGGGAAAUGCCAGUCCACUUGGACCCUGAGGGGUCGGACAGCAACCCUGUGGACCUUGGAGACCUUUUAUCUGAGACAUCAUCAGAGCUACUGGAGGCAGACCCCAACAGAUCCAGGCUCCCUAAGCCCACUGACUACCUCCUGGCCCAAGACCUCACCUGGGAGCUGCUUUCCAGUGGCAUGGCUACCCUGCCAGGGACUCGGGAUGUAGAAGGCCGGGCAGUGAUGCUUCUGUGUGCCCAUAACUCGGCCUGGCUUCACCCCAAGAGCACCAGCCAUGAACUCAUCCACCUCCUGCUCUACCUGCGAAGCAUCCCCAGGCCCGAGGUACAGGCCCUAGGACUGACCGUGCUAGUGGAUGCCCGAAUUUGUUCCCCAAGCUCUUCCCUUUUCUGGGGCCUCAGCCAACUGCAAGAAGCAGCUCCAGGGUCGGUGCACCAGGUGCUGCUGGUGGGAAAGAUGCCUGGGGAGGUGCCUUCAGGGAUGCAGUUAGAGCAGCUGUCCUCUCAUCAGAGCCUGCUGAACCACAUCUCCACCUCAGGAUUGCCCACUUCACUAGGAGGAGGCCUGCCUUAUUGUCACCAGGCUUGGCUGGACUUCCGAAUGCGUUUGGAAGCCCUACUGCAGAGCUGCCAAUUGGUUUGUGCCCUGCUCCAGGGGGCCAUUGAGAGCAUGAAGGCUGUGCCCCAGCCCACAGAGUCUGGGGAAGUUGACCGUCUGUUGCGGCAGGUGCGGGUCCUGAUGCAGCAUGUGCUAGACUCGCCACAGCUGGCAUGGCUACAAUGCCAAGGAGGCUUAGAGCUGGCAUGGCUAAAGCAGGAGGUCUCAGAGGUGACUUUGAGUCCAGACUACAGGCCAGCAGUGGAUGAGGCUGAGGACCUGUAUGGCCGUGUGGAUGGACUGUUGCACCAACUGACCCUACAGAGUAACCGGCGAGUACAAGCACUGGAGUUGGUCCAGAUGCUGGAGGCCCAGGAGGGCAGGUUGCACCAGAUUGAAGUGUGGUUGCAGCAGGUGGGCUGGCCAGCACUUGAGGAGCCAAGGGAGCCCUCAUUGGACAUGCUACUCCAGGCCCAAGGCCCUUUUCAGGAACUGGACCGGGUUGCCCAAGAGCAGAUCAGGCGAGGGGAGAAAUUUCUGCAACUACUGGUUGGAUGGGAUGCGGCUGAACUGGGCCCCUUUGGGGCCAGCUUUCUGGCCCUGCAAGCCCAGCUGACUGACUUCUCUAGGGCUUUGGCCCAGAGGCGGCAGAGGCUGGCAGAUGCUGAGAGGCUGUUGCAGUUCUUCAAGCAGGCCUCGACGUGGGCCGAGGAGGGGCAGCGGGUGUUGGCAGAACUGGAACAGGAGUGCCCAGGGGUUGUGCUGCAACGGCUACAGCUGCAUUGGACCAAGCACCCUGACUUGCCUCCUGCCCACUUCCGAAAGAUGUGGGCUCUAGCCACAGGGCUGGGAUCUGAGGGCAUUCGCCAGGAGUGUCGCUGGGCCUGGGCGUGGUGCCAGGACACCUGGCUGGCCCUGGACCAGAAGCUAGAGGCUGCUCUGAAGCCUCCAUUGACAGGUAGCACAGCUAGCCUGUGUGUAAGCCGGGGCUGGGCUAGACCUGCUGCCCCUCCCCUGAGAAAGGCAUACAGCCUUGAUCGGAAUCUGGGACUGAGUCUCAGAGAGUCUACACAGCAAUGCCACCAUGAGGCUGUUGUGGCUGCCUGCCACAGUCCAGAGGCUGGAGGUGGUGUCCAGCCAAGGUCCUGCCCCACCAUGCCUCCACCAGGCAGCUGUGACCCCAGGAGCCCCAACAGGCUUCAGCUGGUACUGGCGGAGAUGGUAGCUACAGAGCGGGAGUAUGUCCGUGCUCUUGACUACACCAUGGAGAACUACUUCCCGGAGCUGGAUCGCCCUGAUGUGCCCCAAGGCCUCCGUGGCCAGCGUGCCCAUCUCUUUGGCAACCUGGAGAAGCUGCGGGACUUCCACUGCCAUUUCUUCUUGCGUGAGCUGGAGGCCUGUACCCAGCACCCGCCCAGGGUGGCCUAUGCUUUUUUGCGCCAUAGGGUGCAGUUUGGGAUGUACGCACUCUAUAGCAAGAAUAAACCUCGCUCUGAUGCUCUGAUGACCAGCUAUGGUCAUGUCUUCUUCAGGGACAAGCAGCAAGCACUGGGGGACCACUUGGACUUGGCCUCCUACCUGCUGAAGCCCAUCCAGCGCAUGAGCAAGUACGCGCUGCUGCUGCAGGAGCUGGCGCGGGCCUGUGGGGGUGCUGUGCAGGAGCUGAGUGCCCUGCGGGCUGCCCAGAGUCUUGUGCGCUUCCAGCUGCGACAUGGCAAUGACUUGUUAGCCAUGGAUGCCAUCCAGGGCUGUGAUGUCAACCUCAAGGAACAAGGGCAGUUGGUCCGACAGGAUGAGUUCAUGGUGCGCGCUGGGCGCCACAAGUCCCUGCGUCGCAUUUUCCUCUUUGAGGAGCUGCUGCUCUUCAGCAAGCCUCGCCGAGGACCUGCAGGCAUUGACACAUUCGCCUACAAGCGCUCCUUCAAGAUGGCAGACCUUGGCCUCACUGAAUGCUGUGGGGAUAGCAACCUGCGCUUUGAGAUCUGGUUCCGCCGUUGCAAGGCCAAGGACACCUUUGUACUACAAGCUGCCAACUUGGCCACCAAGCAGGCUUGGACAGCUGACAUCUCCCGCCUGCUCUGGAGGCAGGCUGUCCACAACAAGGAAGUGCGCUUGGCUGAGAUGGUGUCCAUGGGUGUGGGGAACAAGGCCUUCCGGGAUAUUGCACCCAGUGAAGAAGCUAUCAACGACCGCACCAUCAACUAUAUUCUGAAGUGCCGAGAAGUUCGUUCUCGUGCCUCCAUUGCUGUGGCCCCAUUUGACUGUGACAGCCCCUACCUGGGGGCCUCAAACUCCCUUCCUGGAGACCCUGCCUCUUGCUCUGUACUGGGGUCCCUCAACCUGCAUCUGUAUAGAGACCCGGCGAUUCUGGACUUCUGCUGGCCCCUGUAUUCCACCAGCUUCCCAGAGGAAGCAGUAUUGGAGGCUGAAGCCGAGCUGGGCAGCCAGCCAUCUUUGACUCCUGAGGACUCAGAAGUCUUGUCCCAGUGCCCAUCAGCCAGUGGCUCCAGUGGCUCAGACAGCAGCUGUAUGUCAGGGCAGACCCUGGGCAGGGGCCUGGAAGACUUGUCCUAUGUGAGUUCCAUUUUACUUUAUACCCACCAGCCCUUCCUCAGCCCCACCUAGGCCUAUGGCUGCCUUGCCCUUAGGUAGAAAUGAGGGGGUGGUCAAAGUCAUUUCUCAGAGACCCCGCCAGGACCCCGAGCUCGGGAAAUAAGUAUUCAUGCCUAGCUUGGCACCACAGGUCUGAGCCCAGGCUUAGAGGCGGUCAGUGGAUCCAGGCGUCUAUAGAUCCAAGGAAUAUCACCUCUCUCAGGAUCUGCUGUGACCAAGCCAUGGUUGGCACCUGGGUUGCCUCCAGCCUACAUACACAGUCCUAUUGAUUAUCUUUUCCGAUGUCUGGGUCAAUUGGACAGACCAGCAGGGACCUCUCUAGGAGAUUCUGGCUACAGGGCCAAAAUGAACCCCCAGUCCUUGGCUCCUGGCUUCCUGUCCCCUUCUUCUGUCUCCAGCUCCCCCCAGUUGCUCCCACCCAGAGCAGAGGGUGAACGUUUGUUCCCAUGCUUUAGGCAGGUGGGGCAUCAAGUGACUCUGGUAGUGACUGGGCUGCCCCACCUCUCAGGAUGGACACAGGUGGGUUCCCAGCCACUGCUUCCCAGCCCCUGGUCUCAUAGCCAAGCUCCCCAAACUUAGGGGCAUGUUCAUCCCUAUUGGACUCUUGCCUUCCCUGACUUUUCAAGCCCAGCCCCUUCUUUCCUGGGUCACUUUGGUUAUUCUGACUCAAUGCUUUCUGCAUAGCUUUCAGUUAGAGUUGUUUAAGAUUAUUUCACUGAUUGUAAGAUCUUUGGUAUC